AUGGAGGAUGGUAAUCUGUCAGACACUUCUAACACAGAUAUUUCCGACAAUUUAGAAUCGGUUAAACAGAUAUCCAGUGCUGAGGAAUCGUUAUCACAUGGUAAGAAGCUGUUGGAGAGAAAUAUUAAUUGUGAAAUUUAUGGUGAAUCUUUUGUAAAUUCCAGUAAUUUAAACAGACACACGGGGAAAAAACCAUUUCAAUGUGAGAUUUGUGGAAAAUCGUUGCAUCAUAAAUAUCAGCUUGUUGUCCACAGACGUAGCCACACGGGGGAGAAACCCUUUCACUGUGAUAUAUGUGGAAAAACUUUUGCUGUUAAAAGUACUUUAAAUGCUCACAAACAGUUACACACUAGAAAGAAAAAUUUCCGCUGUAAAAUAUGUGGAAAGUCUUAUACUCAGAACUGUCAACUCGUAUACCAUAUCCGUACUCACACUGGAGAAAGGCCAUUCCAUUGCGAAAUAUGUGGAAAAUAUUUCUUCACUAACUGUCGAUUAAAAAAGCACAAAAAGAUUCAUUCUGGGAAAAAGGAAUUUAAAUGUGAAAUCUGUGGGAAAUUUUUUUUGGAUAAUUCUCAACUUAUUGUUCACAAAAAAACCCACACUGGGGAAAAACCAUUCCACUGUGAAAUUUGUGGGAAAUGUUUUAUGAAUAAUUUUCGACUUGUUGCUCACAAAAGGGUCCACACGGGUGAGAAACCAUUUUUUUGUGAUCUGUGCGGGAAAUCUUACUUCUCGAAUGCUAAUUUAAAAAGACAUAAACUCCAACACAUCGGGAAAAAAGAAUUCCAUUGUGACACAUGUGGUAAAUCUUAUUUCAAUAACAGUGAAUUGAAAAGGCAUCGGAGGAAACAUGUAGGAGAAAAAACAUUUCACUGUGAAAUUUGCGGGAAAUCCUUUUUUGACAAUUGUAACCUUAUUGCCCACAUCCGUAGUCACACAGGAGAAAAGCCCUAUCGUUGUGAAAUGUGUGAUAAAUCCUUUGUCUGUAAAGGGGACUUGAACACACACAGACGGAGACAUACUGGGGAAAAGCCUUAUUGUUGUGAAACAUGUGGCAAAUCUUUUGUGUGUAAAAGUGCAUUGACUAAACACAAACGAACCCACACUGUAGGCAAGGCUUGGAAUAAUAAAGGACUUUGA